UGGAAUGCAAACAACUAUAAAAUCUCCUGGAAAACACAAGAUUUGCAUCACUGAAGUUGAAGAUUAUUUAUUUGAUCAGCCAAAGAAUUAUACUAGUUUUUGAGUUCCAAAAGAAAUAAGAAGAUGAACCAAUCUCAGGAUGCUAGCUUCCAGGCCGGCCAGGCCAAGGGCCAAACUCAGGAAAAGGCAAACCAGACGUUGGACAAGGCCAGCAAUACUGUCCAGUCUGCCAAGGAAUCGUGCCAAGAGUCUGGUAAUCAAAUGAUGGCCAAGGCACAGGAGGCUGCUGAUGCUGUCAAGGACAAAGUUGGAUCAAACAAUUGAAUUGAAAGACUAUUUAUUAUUAUUAUUAUUAUUAUUAUUUAUUUCAAUUGGUAUUGUAUGCUCUUUAAUUAAGGGCUGUUUCUUGAUCUUUCCUUCAAAUUGAGAGGAGAGUUUUUGUGAUGCAGUGAUUGAAUAAGAUUCUUUUUCUUGCU